CGAGCUGCUGCCGUCGGCGUCCUCUGAUUGGCCACCGCGACCUCUCCGUCGCGCACACCGUUUCCGGUGUCCGUGUGCGCGCAGGCUCAGUUCGCUCGUCUCCGCUCUUUUAUUUACUCUCUCUCAUCUAAGAUGGCUGUUCGGAGCUCCUGAGUCCCCCGAGCGUAGCGACCGAGGAUGCUUGCGCCUCCAAAAUCAACUUUCACCCGGCCAUCCCUUCCCAUGCGCAUCCCGUAAGGUGUGGAGGGGACUCUAGCAUCAGUACAGCCUCCGAGCGCCCUUUCCAUCCGCCUUGAAGCUCUUUAAAUCAAGUUGUUUGGCGAAGUCAAGCCCCGCCACUGAGAGUGAGUGAGUGUCCAAGAGCACUGAACAUCCAAAUGGCCGAACCGAGAAAAGUGCAGUUUGUCACCCUGCCGGCCCUGGCCGGUGGUCCGGGCGCGGAGGGCAGGAGACGGCUGCUGGAGGAGGACGGGGCCACCGAGAUGAGUUUUGACAGUGAGGGCAGGAUGAAGAUGAUGGGGACCGGGGUGACGACAGCGGGUGACCGCGAGGCUUUGAUCGGGAAGAGAGACAGCGAGGAGCCCAAAGGGAAGACAGUACGCCUAAACCUGUGUCUGUCCGAGCCAAACGAGCAGUGUUCGGCCGAGUUUAACUACGGCGAGCUCAUCCAGUCUCAACAGGCCAAGAAGAAUCCACCAAGUUCUAAGUCUUCCCUGGACCUGAAUAAUCCCUUUAACGAUGAUGAGAGAGAACGUCUGGAGGUCGAGGCACUGGCCAAAAAGUUUGAAAGCAAAUAUGGUAACGCAGGGAAAAAGAGGCGGAAAGAUCGGAUGCAGGAUUUGAUUGACAUUGGCUUCGGCUAUGAUGAGAGUGACCCCUUCAUAGACAACUCGGAAGCUUAUGAUGAGCUUGUACCAGCCUCCCUGAGCACCAAGCUUGGCGGAUUCUACAUUAAUACGGGUACUUUGCAGUUCAGAGCUGCCUCUGAAUCUGAGGGAGAGGAUGGGGGGAAAGGCGAAAAAUCCAGGAUGAGAGAUGGAGAGGAACCACUGAUAAAAAGAAGGAAGAAGAAAGAUGGAACCAGUUUAGAGGAGAAAAAACCCAGAAAGAAUAAAGUAGCCAAACAAGGAGUGUCUAGUCUGAGCCUUCAUCGUCCUGAGAAGAAGAAGAGGAAGAAACUGAUGAAGGAUUCGCUAUGUUUGGCUGCAAUGCUCCGCCGUUUCACGCGAGAGAAGGAAGAGAUGCGGAAACUAGAUCCCAGUGCAUCUCACUUGGUCCCUGGUCUUACCAGCACUCCCAACUCCAACAACCUGCUACAGAACUCCCAUCUCCACAGCAAUGCCAACAACAGUGACCUUUCGCUAGCCGACCUGACGGCCGACCCUGCCAUGAUGUCAUUGCUUAAUUCAGCCAAUGAAAGCGAGCUUCAGGAUAUCAUGCGUGACCUGGACUUUAGUUUCUUGGAUGCCGGGCCUCAGAUGCCCCCAUCAGGCAGGGAGAAUGGACAGAUUGUGUUGGGUUCAUCAUCUGGGCACAAGAUUGGCGCAGGGGGACUGAAUCGAGGGCAGGCCGGUCUCAUCUCUUUUCCACCUCUCCCUGAUGGACUUCCAGCCCCCUUGAUCAAGCGCAUAGAGGACCUACGAGCUGCAUCGAGGCAAUUUGAUCAAGAAGGCAGAAAGAAAUUCUUCACACUGGAUAUGAAUAAUAUCUUGCUCGAUAUUGAGCUGCAGGUUCAGGAGCAACCGGCAAACGUGCGUUCAGAUGUGUAUUCUCACCUGGAGGCCUUUGUGCCCUGUAACAAGGAGGCGCUACUCAAACGACUCAAGAAACUCAGCCUCAACAUACAGGAUGACCGUCUGCGCACACCCUUGUUAAAGCUCAAACUGGCUGUGUGCAGCGUGAUGCCAGAACAGAUCGCCAGAUAUAACAUGGAUUGCAUGGCAAAAGCUGCGGCUAAGCAGCAAAUAGAAGAUGGAGAGAAGAAUGGAUCCGAGGAUGACGAUGAAGAGAAACCAGGAAAGAGGGUCAUGGGACCAAGGAAGAAGUUCAUAUGGGAUGACAAACUCAGGACUCUGUUGUGUAACCUGGUGCGUGUGAAGCUGAGCUGUUAUGAGCUAGAGCAGUGCUCUCUGUCUGUGGAGGACUAUCUGAAAGCCUUCAUGGAGAAUGAAGUCAAGCCUCUCUGGCCCAAAGGCUGGAUGCAGACCAGGAUGCUUUUUAAGGAGAGUCGUGCGGUACACGGUCAUCUCACUGGCCUUGGCAAGAAAAGAAUUGUUCCAACCCCAAAAGCUGCCAAAAUGACGGACGUGGGCUGGACACAGAGGCCUGCUGCAGGUGUUGGAUCCACAUCUGCCUCGCCUGCCUUACCUGCCCCAGGGUGCAGACCGCCCUCCUCUCCCUCUGAACCCAUCUGCCUCUCGGAUUCACUGGACGAGGAUCUGGCGGUGAACUCUCUGGACUCCAUUUCCAAGGCUCUCGCUCUCCUCAGUAAUGCUGCCAAGGGCCUGACGCCAAACAACGGCGUUCCCGCCGCCUCUUCUCCCGGUGUCCUCGGAUCCUCAACUGGAGUCAGCCACUACUCUUCUCCUCUGUCACAUUCCACCCUUUCAGGAAAAAUGGAGCCUUCUGGUAUCUCCCUGGUGAAUAUGAGCAGUCUAUCUACCUCUCCUUCCCUCUCCUCUCCUCUCACUUCAUCUCCUUCAGCUUCCAUGCGAGGCGAGACCUUUGGGAUGCUAAAGAACGGCGGGCCCGUGCAGAGACACUCGGGAACACCAACUCACAGAGCUGGCAUUUCAGGAAUGAACACAGCACAGCCUGCGAAACCCCGUCCACCCCCUACCGCCUCGCCCCUCUUACCUCCUCAGCAGAGGUCAUUUGGGACAAUGGGAGUGAAGCUAGUUCAGACCCCGUCUCCCGUUGGACAAGCGAAAAACUGCGCUAACAAAUCCGGUGGCGGUACUGUGGUUUCCCUGCAGUCUCGUAUGAACGCUCAUCCCUCACAGAUGAGCCCUCAGCAGUCUCCUUCUCCGACUCCUUCCUCUCCAUCCAUCCUGCUGUCACAGACCAAGACGACCUCUAUCCCACACAACCAGUCAAACUUCAUCACGCCCAUGCAGGCCACGCUCACAAAGUCUUCCCACAGUAGCAGCUCUCCCAUCAUCAAACUCACACCGCGACCCCCUGCUCCUACUCCUCCUCCUUCGUCCUCACCCUCUCCUUCAUCAACUCCUUCUCUUGCCCACCCCAGACCUCAAAUUAUCCCCAGCUCGCACCAGUACAGCCCCAAGAGCCCGGCCUUCAGGCCGCCGUUUACCACACAAGGAACUGGAAUCGGAUCCGGAGUCAAAUCAGGAUCAGGACAAGCCAGUUACAGUUUUGUAAGUGGACACAAAACCUCCAGUCCAUCUGGCGGUGGAGCAAACAACAACACCAUCACCACAGCGAUGGCCACUCCCAUGUCUGCAGGGUGCCAGAACAGUAGCCCCUCCCCUUCAGCAGUACCAGCCAAUCACAGCCAGCGGCAGAGGCCAGUGGGAGGGACCAGUCAGAGUGCCAAGUCUUCAACGAGUCGGGCAGCUGCCAUGACCCUGUCCUCUUCUCCUGUCUCCUCUCAUCUGUCACAGAUGUCUUCAUCUUCAGGAAGUAACCUCUUGGGCUCGGUGCCCCCCUCCCUCCCCCUGGGUUUUGGGAUGCUCGGGGGUCUAGUGCCUGUUUCUUUACCCUUCCAGUUCCCAUCGCUCCUCAACUUCAACCCCACAGGCCCUGGAGGUUCUGGCUGCAGCAACAUGGGGUCUUCACCCGCUACCAACUCAGGAUACACCCUGGCCCAGAAUCUGUUUAAGAGUCUGCAGCCAGGGUCUCAGGUUGCUCUACCUCCUCACUUACAGCUUGCUUUCUCAGAUGCAAACCAAAGUCAGGGGGGAGACACGAAGAGGAAGUCCCACUGACCACCAGAACCAGAAUGUACAAGUGGACACCGCUGGUGACGGAUGUGUUCAGCUGCUCGUGGAUCCACACCUACUGCGCUUUCAUUCAGAUUAACCACCCUUCUUCAAUUAACCUCAUUCUGCUUUUAAUUGACCAGUGUUCUGGAUGAUUGGAGUGAGCCGGGCGCAUUUUAAAUUUUUUUUGUUCGUCGAUAUGUUUACACAAGACCUUAAUCACUGUGGACAUAGAGCUAGAAGAAGUGAGAGGAGUACGAGACAAAGCAACAUAAAUUUCUAUUUAAGUUAAUGUCGCUGGAAACGUGCAUUCCCGUGUUUAUUUUCUUAGUAGAUUUUUGUUAAGCUCCUAAAGGGAUGUGAUAGUCCAAACCGUUUCCUUCUACAGACUGUUAGAAUAGUAGCUGUUAAUAAUACAUAUGGGUAAAUUAUUUAUAAUUUUUUGACAGGGACAUAUUAUGAUGAUGUUUAAGUGUAUUAGAAUAAAAUGGGUAUGUAUAUAAAA